GCCCCCACCAGAUCCUCUUCCCUAAAACGCGUUGUUUAUCAAUUGCUCCAUAGGGUUAAUUUGUAAACCCAUCAACAACUCAACUCAACAAUAGUCCAACCACCGUUUAAAUACUCUAAUAAGCAAACUCAUAAACACUUUAACCUAAACAAAUCCUUCAUCUUUCCAUACAUUCAAAGGUUCUCUGCUGUAUUCUCUGCUUUUUGCUACACUUUAUUCCUUGCCGCCUCGCAACCAAAUCAAACCCUGGUUACUCUUGAAAACAAAAACAAUCGUCAACUGCUUAAUCUCACGUUAACCUACAGCGCUAUUCCUACUCCAUCAUGGCUAAUCCAAUGGAGGAAUUUCCCACUGGGGAUUCUAAUAAUUUUAUCAAAUUUGAAAAUUCUAAUGAUCUUUUUGAAAAUGAAAAUGCUUCAGUCGAUCUACUCUUAAAAGAAAUGAAUCAAGAUCCUUCUAAUAUAUCUAAUACAGAUAUUAAUCCAACUAAUUCCACUUCAACUUUAACAAAACCUUUAAAUUUCUCGAAACAAUCACAAAUUGAAAAACAAUCACAAAAAAUUCACGAAAAGGAAUUUAAUUCAAGUUCUGAUACUUAUAUUAGUGAUUCUGAAUCCAAUAAAAACACGAAAGAAAAAGACGAAUCUGAAAAUCAAAACAAAUUUCUUUCUAAUGAAAUAAUUCAUUCUAAUAAUAUGAUCAAUAAUGAUGAAAUGAUUAAUGAUCAAGAUAAUUUAAUAACUCCUUCAAAUUCAACUACUUUUAAUAAUUUAAAUUCAACUUAUUCAAAUAAUUCUCCUUCAAAAUCAAUAAUGAAAAAUUCAAAAAAUUCAUUAUCUCCAAGGAAAAAUGUUGCAUUUACUAAUUCAAACCCAGAAAUUCAUCGUUAUAAAUCAAUACAAGAUUCUUCAGAAAAUACUUCAACGAAUCAAAAUUCUUCAAUUGAAGAAGAUUUAAAUAACCUUAAUCAUAAUUGGAAUGAGUUAGAUAAUGAUUCAAAUUCUUCGGAAAAUGAAAGUAAUUCAACUCCCCCAGCUCCUCCUCCUCAUAAAUCAGAUUCAAUUCAUACGUUCCAUAAUAUUUUACAAAAUAAUCCUUUAAAUAAUAAAGAUAUUGAUAAAGAAACUUUAUCAAAAUUAAAAUUAAUGAAUAAAUUUAAUGAUAUGUCUUUAAAUGAAAAAUUGGAAAUUUUUUUAACUUCAAAUUCAAAUAAAGAUAAAAAUCAUGAAUUGGAUGAUCAUUUAAAUAAAUUAAAUAAUGCUACAAAAUUUCAAACUGAUUCGAAUAUUCAUUAUUUAUCUUUAAAUUUACAAAAUCAUCAAAUUAAUGAAAUUGAAAAUCCUCUUAAUUCCUUAACUACCAAAUCUGAUCAUAGAAUAGAUUCCAAUGGUUCUUCUCAAUCUUCUUUACAAUCUUUAAGUAUUGAUAAUAGAACUUUACAAUCAAAAAAUUCUCAACUUUCAAAUAAAGGUAUUGAAUUAAAUGAUGGUAUAAAAGGUUUCCCUGAUCAUUUGGUUCAAUCAUUAAUUCCUUCCACUACCGACAGACUCAAUCAUGAAGAUGAAGACGAUGAUGAUGAUGAAUUUCAUGAUAGUUUUGAUAAUUCUUAUAACACUGCAGAAAAAUCGAUUUUGAAAUUAUUAAAUAAUCCAAAUGGUGAUAGUAAAUUGAAAAAUGAAAUCUCAGAGAAUCCUUUAGAGAAUCCGUUUAUUUCAAAGGAGUCACAGGAAAAUCAAAAUUUGAAAAUAAAGUCCGAACAUGAUGAAUCAAAUCUCGAACAAGAUGAGGUAUUUAAAUCAAAAUUGAACGACAUCAUCAAAUCUAAUCCAAAAAAUUUCCCUUCCUCUUCAUCAGAAGUUAAAGAGGAACCAAUACCAAUAAUAAAGUCUGAAUUCCCAAGAGCUCCUUUAUAUUCUGAAAAAUAUCAAGAUGAAAAAAAAUCGGCUUUACCAAAAGAAGAGCCUGAAUCUGAUUCUAAAAACCUAACGGAAGAAGCACUCAAAGAGAAACAUUCAGUGGAACCAAGUCUUGCACCACCUCAAGUCAAACCAGAACCAAAACCUUUAACUAAUGAAUCUUUUAAACCAGAACCAAAGCCUUUAACCAAUGAAUCUUUUAUGAAACCAGAACCACAACCUAUAUCCGAAAAACCUCUUGUCAAACCAGAACCAGAAUCUAAUAAAUCUCUUCUCAAAUCGGAACCGGAACCUUUAACCGAAGAGAAAUCUGUAAAGCCAGAACUUCAACCUUUAACAAACGAAGAACCUAUCAUGGAACCUGAACAGAAGCUCCCGAUAAAGGAAGAACCAUCUGUAAAACCUGAGCCACAAUCCUUAUUAAAUGAAGAAUUGACUACCAAAGAAGAAUCAAUGGAAGCAAUUGAUAAGAAACCAACUGUUAAAAAGGAACCGGUUGCUAAAGAGGAAUUUAAAUAUGAAGAACCAUUGGUGAAGAAUGAACCUUCGUUAAAAAGUGAGACAGCUAACUUUAUUAAACAAGAACCAUUUAUCAAAGCAGAACCUCAGACUGUUAUCAAACCAGAACUCAAUGAAACACAUCUCACCAUCAAACAUAAACCUUCUGAAGUUAUACUGGUUAACUCACUACAAGAUCCAGUGGUGAUUAAAUCAGACCCUGAAACGGUUCUGAUUAAAUCAGAAACUUUUGACCCUGUUUCGGUCAAAUCUGAAGGGUUUGAUGACAUUUGGGAUGAUGAAAUUGACGAUAAGAAGAUUGAUUAUGAUAUGAAUAAUGGUAUAGGUAAGUCAUUUAAAACUGACAUUCAAUCUGAUCAAGAUGAUGAUGAGAAUCUUGAUCAUGUCGCUAAUACUCAAAUUGAAUCAGUUUCCUACGGAGUUUCUUUGGACCCAAAUGAUUUGAAAUACAUCCAAACCAAAAGUCUCAAUAAAAAUGUUCCUAGUAAUCAAGAUAUAAACAUUGAGAAUGGUCAAAGCGAUAGAGCAAGUAUCAAUAAUUCCAAUAAUUCUUACAGUCAUGACGGCGAUAAUGAAGACAACGAUGAAGAAAUAACUGAUAAUGAAUUACAUACCAUUCAUCAUCAAUUGGAACAACCUAAAAUACCGUCAAGUCUUCCUGAAGAUUCUCCAUAUUCAUUUAAUGACUACCAGGAUGCUUCUGAAGAAAUCAUUCCAACUUUGGCACCUCCAAGAAUUGAUGAAGCUGUUGACGCGACUAUCCCACCAACACCAGUUAAGCGUGCUCUUUUAAAGAAACAAGAACAAGAAAAGGCACAACAAGAAUUAGAAAAGCUGUCAGAAACCAAUGAAGAGGAUGACGCGUUGGCAAAUUCUUCCAAUAUUGCUCCCCCUGAUGGAAUAGCAUUACCGCCUAUUGAACCAUCUAACUAUUCAUCUUUCGAAGAUCUCGCUAAACAUUUAGAUCCUAAACGCGAUGUUUCAAAUAACUUCAAAUACAUUAGUCCUAGAGAAGCUUUGAAAAAUGAACUAGAUGCUGAUUCUUUCGAAGAAUCAUUAUCUGCUGAACAUGAGGCUGAUCCAAACCCAACUGAUUUCAUCUCGAUUUGGCAUAAACAAAAAAUAAAGGCACCCAUGAGAUCAGACAUCAAAGAAAGAUUCAGAACUCCUGAAGUUCCCGCUUAUAAAGCACCAGUUUUGCAAACUGAUAACCAAAUUAAACUUCCAACAUCCUUGCAACAGAAGAAGUUUAAAGAGGUUAAUGUUAUGUCUAGGAGAGUUGUUAGUCCUGACUUUGAAGACCUACAAGUUUCUGGAUUUUUACCCGAAAUUUCGGAAGACUCUGGUUUCAGCAAUCAUUUUAAGAACUUGGUUAAGAAUGGUGAAACUUCUAUGAAUAUUAGUGACUUAUCCCAAGUUUCUGGUGAUAAAAAAAGCAUGACUCCUUUAAGUACAAGAAAUGUCUUAUCUAAUAUGGAUAAUGACCCUACUUUACUUGAACCACCUCACCCAAAACAAAGUCAAGCAAUGAAUAAGUAUAAUAAUGGUUCUCGAUUCUCAUUUACCGUCCGUAAUCCUGUUGAAAUGAAAGGCUUAGGAAUUACAAAUGAUCCCAAAGCGAGAACAAUCAAAUCUAAAACAUCAAGAUUCAGUGUUCCAUCUUUUGAAAUUAAAAGAUCAAACUCGAUAUUGUCACCAAAGAAUCAAUACGAUGACAUCUUUGAUGACACUUUGAAACGUGCACCUACUAUCAAAUCUCAAGGUAUGAAAACUUUACCAAGUAUGGAUCGUGAUGAUGUCAAGAAGAUUUUGGAUGCUAAACGUGCUAUUAGCCAAGAAGAAUAUUCUAGAGUUAAAUACUUGGGUCAAAGCAAGAAGGGUUCAAUUGUUGAUGAACCAAGCGAUAAAUAUGAUUCUCUACAACAGCAUGCCUCGAUAUAUGAUGUUUCACAAGAUUCCAGUCCUCAAUUACCUGAACAACAUGCUUUGCCUCAUAUCACGAGCGAGUUAAUGAAGAAUCCAACUGCAAUUUUAGCUAAAAAUCAUGUCUUCAAUACUACUCAAACCCAAGUACAUGAUUCUGUUCUUGAAUACAACAACUCCCAGGAUAACUCUGCCAUCAACAACUCAAUUAUUAACAACACAAUGGCUUCCCAAAAAGACAAGAACAUGGAAUUCGUUGCAUUCCCUGAUCCAGACCCUGACUUGGUGAAGUCUCCAGGUGUAACAGGUGAAAACAAUAUUUUCAAAACACCUCCAAAAAAUGUUGAAGAAAGAGCUCAUGAUGAUUUAGAUGAUGUUGAAAAACAUGCAGCUCUUGAUGAUGAUAUUGAGAGACGUGCUGCUAUUGAUAAUGAGUUGGAAAUGAAAUACAAAAUUAUCAACAAGUCACCUAAAAAACCUAUCACUCCUAAGAAAUCUGGUGCAAUUAAAAUUGGUUCACCAAUGAGAUUGGUCAAAACUGGGUCCUCCAUCACUGGUGUUGCAUUGGAUUCACCUACUAAAAAAGCUAGGGUUCAUAAAAAGAAUAAUCCUUUCAGAUCGGAUGACACUUUGAAAUACAAACAAAGUGAUGGUUCUUUAUUAAAUGAAGCAUUAUUGCCAUCAACCCUUUCUGUCCCAUCAACUAGUAAAUCCUCGAAUGCCUCAUCAACAACAUUAGGUAAUAAUACUUCGCAUCAAUACCGUAAUGUUCUUGGAUCUUCGGGACCCGUUGCAGUACAUUCACCAAUUGCCGAGGAAAAUGCAGCUUCUCCAUCAUCACAACCUCCACAGCUUCCACAAGAGAGAGGCCGCUUAUUCCUUAGAGUAGUUGGUAUUAAAGGUAUUGAGUUACCAGAAAUUAGAGACCACCAAGCCGAUUUUUCUAUUUAUUUAGACAACGGUGUUCAUUGUAUUAAAACUCCAAGCUAUAAAUUAGACUCUAACAAUAUUAGUAUCAACAAGGAGUUUGAACUUACGGUUGGUGAAAGCUUGGAGUUCAUUAUGACCAUGAAAACUAAUUACGAAAAGCCAAGAGGAAAAUUAGUAGAAGUGAGAGAACGAAAAGUUGUCAAGUCAAAACAUAGACUCAGCAGAAUGUUUGGAUCUAAAAAUGUUGUUACAACCACCAAAUUUGUUCCCCAGGAAAGUAAUGAUUCUUGGGCACAUAAAUUUGCACAAGACGGAUCAUUUGCUAGAUGUUAUGUUGACUUAGAUCAGUAUGAGAAUCAAAUAACUGGUCGUGCUUCUAGCUUUAACAUCACAUGUUUCAAUGAAUGGGAGACUUAUAUGGACUAUAAUACCAAACAAAGAAUUAAAUCUCAACCAUAUAGAAUAGCACAACUUGAAGUUAAGAUGUUGUUUAUUCCAAGAACAGAUGAACAAGAAGUCUUACCAACCAGCAUUAAAUCUGCUUACGAAGGUAUCAAUGAAUUGCGCCAAGAGCUUGCCUUCUCCCAUGAAGGUUACAUGCAUCAAGAAGGAGGUGAUUGUGAGAUUUGGAAAAAGAGGUUUUUCAAGUUGGAAGGUACUUCUUUAAUUGCUCAUAGUGAAUAUUCACAUAAAACAAGAGCCAAAAUCAAUUUGGCCAAAGUUGUUGAAGUUAUUUAUGUUGACAAAGAGAACUUUGAUAAGACCAAGAACAACUAUAGAAACUUCAGUGAUAUCUUAUUAGUCGAACAUGCUUUCAAGAUAAAGUUUGCUAAUGGUGAAAUAAUUGAUUUUGGUGCUCCAAAUAAACUUGAAAAGGAUACCUGGAUUUCAAUAAUUGAAAAGAUCGUUUACAGAAAUAAAUUCCGCCGUCAACCUUGGGUAAAAUUGAUGCUAGAAGAUGAGUUCAAUGCUUCAGUCAACCAUAGAUCAUCUAUUAUGCUUUAG